AUGGAGCACAAGACCCCAUCGAUGCCAAUUACACGCGCGACGUCGCCUUCCGACAUCGAGAGCGAAUACGCCGUGUCGUUAUCCCCAUCAUCUCUCGAUAAACGUACUCAAGAAAACGCUCUAUUAAUACCCGACAUUAAAAAGAAGCGACGGAUACACAAGACCCAGCUCACGACGACGGAAUCAGAUCCGGUUGUACCCAUUGCGUCUGAUUCCAAGCAGCAAGUUAUAGACGAGACAUCGGUCGUGUUAUUGGAGACGCCGCAAUCGUUAGAAAUGACAAUCACGUCAGAAGAGGCGGCAACCCUUCAGAUAGAAACGGAAGUGUCGCAGAUUCCAUUAAUCCGUCCAAGAAAAGGCCGUCGUGUUCGUAAAACAAACUUGGAAAAGAUGGAAAUUCUUGCGUUUGUAGACUUGGGAGGCUCUCAAGGAGCUGCAGCAGAGAAAUUUGGUGUCUCACGUACGGCAGUGACGAAAAUGGUAAAGGAACGAGCUGCAAUUUCAGCUCAAGCUCUUGUGGAAAGUGCAACAAGUAGUCGCAAAGUAUUGCAAUAUCAACAUAAACUUAGUGUGAUUGAAGACAUGCUCUAUAAAUGGCAGAUGCAGAUUGAAUUGGAUGCACCGGCAUUAAAGAUUACAGGCGAAUUAUUACAGUCCAAGGCAAUGGAAUUUCGGAACAAAAUCUUGGCAGAUUACAGCAAUGAAUUGUCCGAUGAAGUAAUCAUGUCACUAACGGACUUUAAAGCAUCAAAUGGAUGGCUCCAUCGGUAUAUGCAACGACGAAGUAUGCGUUCAUUACCAAAACUUCAUGGUCAGACAAGUCUCGCAGCAAUGCCACUUGAUAGAAUGAAUUAUGAGCAACGUAUUCAAAAAGUUCGUGACUUGCUGCUGACGGUUAGUCCGACGUGUAUAUGGAAUCUAGAUGAACUUAUACUGCGCCAUCGUACCACCUCGGCCAGAUUAGACUCAGUUGUUAACAUGGACGCACGUAGUCUUGAGCGUAUCUCAGUUGCUAUGGCCAUGAGCGCAUCAGGUGAGAAGCUCCACAUGCAAGCUGUUGGAAAAGAUUCGAACCCAGAUUCGUUAAAGGAUGUUGACACGUUAACGAGCUACGGAAUUCAGUAUCGUGAUCAAUGUCGAGCUGCACACGAUGCGCAUACGAUUUCUGAUUUCAUCCAGGCCAUGAAUCAAGAGGCAACAAGCAGAAAGCAGGUCUGGUAUCUGGUGCUGAAUAGCUGUACAGCGCAUGUAGCUGCUGCUCACGCGCUCAACCCAUCAGGUUCGUUUCGAAAUGGUUUCAGACUCGAAUCGAUCGUGUUGCUCUUUAUGCCUCCUGGCCCUUCGGGUGAUGCUCAGCCUUUUCAUCAGGGUAUCCUUCGAUCGUUUAAGCUACGAUUUCGGCGUGAGAUGCUCCAGACGUUGCUUCAUGAGUACGAACAGUGGGCAGCGGCAUCAAAGGGCGACCAACAGAGGCAUACUAUUGAGACACCGCUAAGUGAAGAAUCACCCGUGCAUGAUGUCUUUGAUGUCCAUGCACAUACUCAUUUGCGGAACACGCUCACUUGGCUUCAAAAAGCAUGGGAAUCCGUGCCGCAGUCGUUCAUUCGACAUGCGUGGUCAGCGAGCUUGUACUUGCCUGCGGUCGUUCCCGGGGACGAUGGACCUUCGGCAUCAAUGUGUGAAGAAGAUGACAUCAAGACUUACACGGAAGUUCUCGCUCAGCUGAAAGCCGUUCCAGCGCUUCAACAGGCACUGGGACUCGAUUUUACCGACAACCCUGUUCAAUUUAUGAUGGAGCUGCUGGAUUUCGACAAGUCGGAGGCCACUGGCAUGGACGAAAUUGCGAAAGACAAUGAGAUCGUCGUGGAAAGUUUAGCUUCUCAGGGACUUCUUCGUGAUACACAAAGGGCGUUGAUGCUGGAUAGCAUCAAGAGUGAUGAUCUCCCGCUCCUUACGGCGAGUGAGGCCCACGCAACAGUAUCACGGCUAUUGCACUUUAUAUCUCAAGACAGUGACAACUUGUUAACUUUGUCAGAGCGUCGAACCGGACGCGCAAACCUCUUGAUUUUACAACGUCUGCUGUCAAAAGUUCGCGAAAGGGAACGGGAAAGGGAAGCAACCACCGACUUUACUGUAUGA